AUGGGACAAAAUAUCUCGAACGUCUUCCACUGCAUGUACUUUGAGGUGUACAGAGCAGACGAUGGAAUUCGUGUGAGAGUCAAAAACUAUAUCAGGAGUGCAACCCCGAUGUCGAUGGAAAAAGUAACAUCUUUAUACCCGAGAUUUGAUGAAUCCAUCGAGAGUCGUCUAAUAGCGCCCGUAAGAUUGGUUUGGGUAAAUACUAUGGAAAAUUUAGACUGGUCUUGCCCUCCCUGCGCCGCUUCAGACCGUUUUCGACGUGACAAGGUCUGAAAAUCGCCUUCGGGAAUACGGAGCUGCUAUUAUCCAAGUGUUGGGAACAGAUGUGUUUUCUUCAUUGUCGACCUAUCUGCAGCAAGCAAAGACCUUGAUUCCGGUGGAUUUUGAUCAACUAUGCGUCCAAAUACAUGAAAGAUGUCGCCCUCUUGCUCUUCCUGGACCUACUUUGCAAGAUCCAAACAAUAUUGUUCUGAACGAGUUCACAAAUCGGAUCACCCUAGAAGCGCAAGCACUUCAAGUGAGUCAUAAACAGUGAUUUGACAGUAUCUUUUAGUUUUUCCUUAACGGCGAGUUCCCUACAGAUGAAUUUGCGCUCGAACAGGCGGUGGUCGACCAUGAAGGCGACGAGGAAGUUCAACUUGAGCAAGAAGGACAAAACAAUACUUUUGUCGAUUCAACCACCGCACAAGAGGAGUUCCGUCCGCCCACAACAGAGGCUCGUGAAGUCAGAUUGGAGGAUCUUCCGUCGACCAGCAGAAGCCGCGCCGCGUCUUCAGUUGGUACCCAAUCGAGUUAUGGUCGUUCCUAUCGCCCCCGUCGUAUUUUUGAUCCAUCUGAUACUCAAUGA